AUGCUACCAAACUCACAUAAUCAGGGAGCUCCAAACUUCGACUGGGUACGACAUGUCUGGUCCGGGAACUUCUCACCAAAGCUGAAACUUUUCAUGUGGAAAAUCCUACAAAAUGCAAUCCCAAUCGGUGAGAAUCUAGCAAAAAGAGGCCUACUGGCUAACAAGAACUGCAUUCGAUAUGGUCUACCAAAAACAGCCACUCACCUAUUCUUUCACUGCGAUCAUGCCAAAGAAGUCUGGAGAAGAAUACCACUUAGAGAAGAGCUAGAUCUCUCCCAAGCUCAAACUUUCAUAGAAGAUUCACAGGUGCUCAUACGCACCAUCAACACCAAUACCAGAUCGACGGAGCUUCACAGAGUCCUUUCUGAUAUUGGAAUUCUAUCUGCAAAUUUUCUUUUCAUUUCCUUCUCGUUUAUCCCUCGAACAUUGAAUCGUCUAGCCGAAGGUCUGGCUAAAGCAGCUCUUGGGCCUGCUCCUGUUGUAUCAGGCUAG